UGCCAUGACUCAUUUGUCUAACACACCUGAUGAUGUAGUAGAGGAAACCCAGACUAGAGCAGGAACCGCCGUAUGUACAACAACAAAUGCUUUCUACUGCAGUUACAUCAACAAACUACGAGCCAGUGCUCCUUAUUGCAGCAGCGCAGCACUUAGUAAUCAACUGUAUCAACAAUGCUGUAGUGCUUAUUCUACCAAUCCAUUGAAUACAGCACCAACACCUGUACCUUCAAUAUACUCUAGUCCAACCGCACCAGCUGUACCAUCAGUCCUUUCUAACCCAAUUAAUCAAAGUAACUGUGGAAUCAGUAGCACCAAUCCUGCCACUAGAAUGGCAGAAUUCAGUGAGAAGAUGAAUCAGAUGAGAAUCGUGGGUGGAGUAAACACAGAGAAAUGUGAAUAUCCAUGGAUGGUAAGAUUGAGGGUGGGAAAUGGCAUGUGCGGAGGUAGUAUUAUUGAUGCCUACCAUAUUGUUACAGCUGCUCAUUGCGUUGGUACGAAUCCAGCCUCUACUAUUGGUGUUCAUGCUGGGGAAUAUGACUAUAACAAUCCUUACGAAACUAAUGAUCAGACGGUUAAGGCUGCUGCUGUUAUCAAGCAUCCCAACUACAGAGAUCUUCCCAACGGUGAACAAGAGAAUGAUAUCGCAAUUAUCAAACUAGCCCAACCGUUACAAUUCAACAACUGUGUUCAACCAAUUUGUCUUGCUAAUGAUGGGGAUGGUGUCGCCCUACCAUCUGGAACACAAUGUACAAUAGCCGGUUGGGGUACUACAUCCUCUGGUGGGCAAGCUUCUCCUAUCCUUCAAGAAACAACUAUUCCUACUUAUAAUGGAUUUGAAUGUAGCAAAUAUUUCUCCAGUACCGUUCCCUCUAAUCCAAAUAUCCAACUCUGUGCUGGUCGACCUGUAAUAGGAGGUGCUGAUACUUGUCAAGGUGAUUCUGGUGGACCACUGUUCUGUCCUAUCAAUGGCCGCUAUGUACAAUAUGGUGUUGUCUCCUAUGGAGCUGGUUGUGCCUCUGCUGGUGCUGCAGGUGUCUACACAGAUGUAGGCAAGAUGCGACCAUUUAUUGACAGUGUUAUCAACAGCGGUAACGGAAAGUAAAAUAAUAAUGAAGCCAAUAAUAACAUAAACAAUUUAUUCUCAAUUAAAAUUACUGAACAAUUCUUGCACUUGUACUUUUAGCUAUCAAUUCAAAGGAUAUACUGACUGUUCUUUGUGAGAAUAUUUCCUUUUUCAAAACUUUUGUGUCUGUAGUAAAACUCGCUGAAAAUUCAUAAUACUGGCACUUUUAAAUUUUGCACAUAUAAUUAUGUUUUCAAU